GUAAGUAUCCUUGACUGGUAACUGUCACCAUGGCCACCGUCAUCAUCCAGGGAGGACCCUUCAUCGAGGAUUGGAAAGACAUCCAGCUCGACGGGUUCCCUCAGCCGCAGCAGCACACGGUGAAUGUCGACUUCAAGCAGUUCUUCGGGGUCGACCCCCGGCACGUCAACCGCAGUUUCUUGCUCUCGCUAUCGGAUCUGACUUACCAGCCCAAAAUCCACGAUCCCAGCGCCGACUGGGCCGUGACCGCCGCGUUCCGGUCGUUCAAGGUCCUCCAGGCCGCCAACUACGGCCCCGUGCGCCGUUUUGCGACGAUUGGGACGGGCUCGGGGACUGAUGCCAUCGCGGCCCUGGACCUCUUCCCGCAGCUCCGCCGCAUCGUCAUGACCGACCUGCACGAGGAGGUCGUGGCCCAGGCCCAGAUGAACCUGAAGUCGGCCGUCGACCGGGCCGAUGACCGGGUCCGCGAUGUUGCGCGGGACGCGGUUGGGCUGACCGGCCACAGCCUGGUGCCCCUUCGAGGCCAGAUGCCGUUUGACUUGAUCUACGAAAAUCUCCCAAACAUCCCCGUGCCAGAGGGCGUGGAUCUGCGCGACGGCCAAACGUCGUCCAGUUUCUUCGAUGCCGCCGACGUCUCGGGGGUUGUCCCUCCGUUCGUGUCGGCGGCACUUCUGGAUCUGCACUACGUGUGCCUGCUGCAGGCAAGAACCUUUGGUCUGCUCACCGACCAUGGCGUGAUUCUCUCCAGCAUGGGCGGCAGAGUCCCCAUCAGCCUCAUGCUGGAUCUCGCCCAUGUGGUGGGCUUCACGGGACGAAUCAUUUCCAUGACCUGGAAAGUGCAAAGCGAGCCAGACUCGGUCAUUGGGGGCUAUGCCGAGCAGCAGGAGAAGGGGCUCGGACCGUUCUACUUCUAUCGCACCAGCUCCCUGCAGCGUGUCUUUGAUGGCCGAACCCCUGCCGGGGCAGGGCUUUGUGCAUUGCAGAUCGAGAAUGAUCUUCUUCCUGACCGUCUGGAUGCCGUGGCGGCCUUGCGGGCGCACCGACAGGGGAUCGAAAUCGGCCAUCCUGUCGUCGUCAUGGCUAGUGUCUUGAAAUAG